AUGUCCGCUUCGCCCACCCAGCCCGCAAACUCGGCCAAGCGCCCUCUCGAGGAGACCUCCCCGUCGCGGAGCAACGACCAACCGGACGCGAAGCGCCCGGCCCUGGACAAGAUCCUGAAGAAUGACGAGGAGGUUGAAAUGGCACAGCCUCCCGAGACCAGCGCCAUCCCUACCACGGACACGAACGGCGCAGAGAAGACAAACGGCUCUGAUGCCAAGUCCGAGCAGACCGAUGCUGAGGGCACCGAGACGAAGCCCAUCCAGAGCUCCGUCGCUGGUUCUGUCCCUGCAACCUCGACCCCCUCAGCGAGCCAUGACGAGAGAGAUUGGAUCCACAUCCGCGCCGUCAUCUCCAGCCCGGAAGCCGCCACGGUCAUCGGAAAGGGCGGAGAGAACGUUUCCAACAUCCGCAAGAUGUCCGGUGCCAAGUGCACCGUGAGUGACUACCAGAAGGGAGCUGUCGAGCGUAUCUUGACUGUCAGCGGCGUUGUCGACGCUGCCGCGAAGGCCUUCGGUCUCAUCAUUCGAACCCUGAACAACGAGCCCCUGGCUGAGCCGUCGAGCGCGCAGUCGAAGACCUACCCUCUGCGUCUGCUGAUUCCUCAUAUCUUGAUCGGGUCCAUCAUUGGCAAGGGCGGCGCUCGCAUUCGCGAGAUUCAGGAGGCUUCUGGCGCUCGGCUUAACGCUUCCGACUCUUGCUUGCCUCUGUCCACCGAGCGCUCGCUGGUGGUCAUGGGAGUCGCUGAUGCCGUCCACAUCGCGACUUACUAUGUCGGUAGCACUCUCCUCGAGCAGCUGAACGACCGCUUCGGUGGUCCGGCUGCCUCAGCGUACGCCACGAGAAGUGGCGGCCCUGCCGGCGUUGUCCCCGGUGGCAUGCAGGUCGUCCCGUAUAGCCCGCAGCCUACCACUGGCAACUAUGGCAACCGCGAGAACUACAACCGCAGGCAUGACGCCCGCGCUCAGCACCACGGCCUCCCCGCCGCUCCGUAUGGCGCACAGCCGUACCCCCCUCAUGCCGCUCAGCCGAAUCCGGCAAUGCCCAUCCACUACGGUGCGGCGCAAGCUGGUGGCUACGGUGCUGCCGCUCCCAUGCAGCCCCAUGCUGGUGCCGCCGUUCCCCAACCCCACGGCGCUCACCCGGCUCAGCCCAUUCAUGGAGGUGCUGUCGCCGGUGCUCCCUUGACCCAGCAGAUCUACAUCCCCAACGAUAUGGUCGGAGCCAUCAUCGGAAAGGGUGGUCAGAAGAUCAACGAGAUACGCCAGAUCAGUGGCAGUGUGAUUAAGAUAAACGAGCCUCAAGACAACAGCAACGAACGGCUGGUCACCAUCACCGGAACCGAGGAGUGCAAUCGGAUGGCGCUAUACAUGCUUUACUCUCGUCUCGAAUCGGAAAAGCACCGGAUCUAA